GGAGGGAGGAGGCGGGAGCUGCUGCUGGCCUUAAAGGGACAUGCACCCGGCACGACCGCCUAUUUACGACAUGGCGGUGGCCGAAGCCCCUGAGCACACGGGCAUUCUCCAUGCAAGUUACACAUCGACAUCCUACACUGAUGGGCUUUCAGCAGCUUCCUUCUCCGAGUACCCUAGGCACAAACCGUUCAUUAAUGCUGACCUGUGCCGAUCCCCUGCCAAGCCGGUAAUUGCCUAUCCAGAGAGUAACAGCAAAGCUAUAUUCUCCGCUCUGAAGAACCUGCAGGAGAAAAUACGUCGGUUGGAGCUAGAAAGGAUUCAAGCGGAAGAGAAUGUGAAAAGCCUGACCAGGGAGACCUCAGAUUAUAAGAAAGUUCUAAGUGAGCAGUUGUUGGAAAAAGAGCAAUCGAAGUUGCAAGUGUACAAGAAAAAUGACGAGUUGGCAGCCCAACUGGCAGCAGCCGAGACUCGCUGCGUACUUCUGGAGAAACAGCUGGAAUACAUGAAGGAAAUGAUAGCGCAGGCAGAACUUGAAAAAUCGACCGUCUUGGAGAAACAGGCCACAUUGGAAAAAGAGAAGGUCGUUGAUCAUUCCCAUGUGAAGUCCAAGUUGGAGAGGUUGGAUCUGCUUGAGAAUGAAUACACGCGGCUCACUUCAAUGCAGUCUCUUGCGGAGAAAAAAAUGAAAGAAUUGGAAGAGAAGCUCCAGGAGGAAGAACGGGCUCGAAAGCUGGUACAGGAAAAAGCUGCUGAGCUUCAGACAGGAUUGGAGACAAAUAGAAGAUUGCUUCAGGCCCAGACCCAGCCAGCACCAGUCUUGAUGCCUCCAAAACCCAAAAAGAUGAAAAAAAAAUCAAAGCAGUUGGAGAAGAAUGACUCUGGAAUGACCCAUUUCCAUUCCCAGCCCCACUACAGGCUACGACUGGGUGAUGUGCCGUUUGUUGCUGGGAAGCGUAUUAAAGAAAUUCAUUAUCAGCUGGUUUUUUUAAAAAAAUCUUGUUUUAUUGGUUUCUUUGUUUUGCAUACAAGCCAACACCAGCACUUAGCAAAACUCAUCCAUGAAGCUUCAACGAUUGCCCUAAGGAGAGACUUGGAGAAGGAUUUGGAAGUGCUUGUGAAAAGGAUGGAAGCCAAGGCUGAACAAAUCAAUAAAAUCCAGAGGCAUCGGGCACGGCUGGAGAAGCUCAAGGUCAGCAAGGCCAAACAGCACGGCGCUCGAGAUUGCUGUAAAGUGGGUGAAGAGAAGAAGGUGAAAGAGGCCGGCCUUAAGAGAAAGCCCGUCGGGCAGGGUAAGAAGAACCUCCAGCUGCUGAGAGACAUGCAAAGUAUACAAUUCUCCCUUCAGAAAGAUGACAUCAGUUGGGACUGCUGACUUGUCUUCCCCGCCUCUGUGUGUGUGUGUGGGGGAUUUUUGAGGGGUUUGCACCUUUCUAUCAUUCUGGCUGCGGCCCAACCAGCUGGAUGAAAGAAUGAUACCGUAAUGGCACCUUCUAAACAAAGGCUUCUCCUAUUCUACCUGUAUGCCUGAUCGUGUUGCCAUCGUGGAGGGGAGCUGGGGAAUGGGUAGAAAGGGAGAAAGAUAGGCCAGCCUUUUUAUUAUUUCAUCGCUGAAAGCCUCACUUUGGCACCACUGAUACAGGAUAUUUUGCUACGAAACGUAACCCUUGCCCUACAAUUCUGCUUCUGACCAUUGUACUCAUUGCUUGGGAUGACUUCCUUCUACGAGUGGGUUUUUUAAAAAAACAUUUCAUUUGGAGCAUCAAAAGCCAAGUGGGAAAAGAAUCAGAAUUAUUAUUAUUUUGUGUGUGUGUUUGUGUGUGCGUGCAGAGUUUUGACUUUGCUUUAUAAACACACGGUGCCUUUUGAAUGGAGCAAUGGUACAAAGUCCUAUGUCACUUUUGACUCUUUCAAGGUCUCGUAAGCAGCUUUUUCUUUAAAAAGAAAAAGCUGCUUUUCCUUCUCAGCAUGGCCUUCCCUGUAUGGCCACUCGUGUCUCGAUGUUUGAGCAAGAUGCUCCCGUUUUGAAAUACGGAAAUUAUGCACAGAGGGGAGAAGAUUGGCAUUAAUUAAACACCAUUUAAAAAAAACAACACAAAUUUUAUAUCCAUUUUAGCCAUGGAACUGAAGUGAUGCAGUUUCAGAGUGAAACUGAAUUGCCAAGUUAAUUUGAUCUCAUUUCUACUGUUCUGCUGAAAAGCAGGUUAAUAAUACACGUGUAUUCCCUCUCCCCCCCCAAAAUAAAUAAAUAAAUAAAUGGUGCCUUCGAUCAUGCUGUUUAAUACUGGCAGGCAGCUUUUUAAAAACUCAUGUUCCCUAGACUAGAAUAUCUGCUCAUGGUUCUGGUACUUGGCAGUUUUAAUGUACAUGCAAUAAUAUUUAUUAUAUUAAUAAUGUAAAGGCUUUCCGAAGAUUGGACUGUAGUAGUAACUCAAAAUGGCCUGUGCUUUUUUGAGGUUUGAUUGGACUGCAAUAAAGGCAAAUAGAAUAAAUUAGUUGUGAAAA